UAUUCUUCCUGGUCUGAUUUGUACAGUAAUUCUUGUAUCCUUUGAUUCGAAAUAAAAUAAUAAAUGGAGGAAGUAUUCCUUCGUUUAUCUUUGGGUGUGUUUUUAGUUGUGUUUGUUUUUACUUCAAACACACAAAUUUGAUUCCCUGUAGAUUUUUUUUGUAAAAUAAUCAUACCAGUGAUGGCAGAAGAUCGUCCACUCGAAGAGAGAUACAAAGCCUGCAUGGUGCUCAGUGGUGCUGCUGAUGCUUUGGGUUACAACCACGGCAACUGGGAGUUCGAUCGUGACGGGGAGUCCGUCCACAGAGAAGUGGCUGAAAUGGGUGGUGUUAGCAAACUGGACGUCAAGGAUUUUCCUGUAAGUGAUGACACUGUGAUGCAUCUGGCUACAGCAGAGGCUUUGGUAGAGACUGGAGACGGGGCCUCUCUCAAAGACCUGUAUCUGGCCCUGGUGAAAAAGUACAUUCAUUGUAUGAACGACAUGGAUGGAAGGGCACCAGGCAUCACUUGCAUUAGUAGUACAAAUCAACUUCGUAGUAUGGGUGGCACCACAUGGCAAAUCCCUUUCAACCGUGGCGGAGGAGGAUGUGGAGCAGCUAUGAGAGCCAUGUGCAUUGGCCUGCGUUUUCCAUGGCCUGAACAGGAGGACCUGCUGGUGGCUGUGAGUGUAGAGAGCGGGAGGAUGACUCACCACCAUCCAACAGGUUACCUGGGGGCCUUGGCCGCAGCCCUCUUCACAGCCUAUGCAGUGAGGGGUCAGCCCCCAGUAGAGGCCUGGGGCAGUGGCUUGAUGCAAGUCCUGGAGAAAGCCAAGGAGUACGUGAAGCGGUCAAAGCACUGUGUGAAGGAAAACCUGGCACACUGGAAGUACUUUGAGGAAAAGUGGGGAGACUAUUUGGAGGAAAGAGGCAUCCUUGAUGGUACGGGAAAACCUCAGUUUCCUGCCAAUUAUGGUGUUAAACUGAGGGAUAGAUUCUACAGCUCUGUCAGCUUCCGUGGAGUGAGUGGUUCCAGUGGGCAUGAUGCACCAAUGAUAGCCUAUGAUGCUCUCUUAUGUGCGGGUGACUCCUGGGUUAAGUUGGCCGACCAUGGCUUCUUUCAUGGUGGCGACAGUGAUUCCACAGCUGCCAUCGCGGCUGCCUGGUGGGGAGCUCUCUACGCCUUCCGUGAUGUUCCAAAGUCAAAUUAUAAGGGGCUAGAAUAUCGUGACCGUUUGACCAAGUUGGGAGAGAAGCUAUACAUGUUAAGGGGGAAGCCUCUCCUUGCUGAAGAUCCAUGCCUGUCAAAUCAACAGUAAUCAGCAUUUAGCAUCCUUUAUAUUGAAUACCGUGCUUAGAAGAGAUUACUUAAAUGCCUUUAGUUCAAACAAUUAUCAUUCGAUCACUGAGCAAUGAGUAGUUCUUUCUCUUCUUCUAGCGUACACACACACAAAAAUCAAUUUUCACAAAAGUGCAUUUAUAAAAAGCUAAUAUAAGCUUUUUGAACCUAACCAAAGAUUUCUUUCUUGAAAUAUUGUGGUGUUAAACAAGGUUGGAGAUGUCCAGGUAUGCCCUGAUGAGAUGUAUUUUAGUGUGUGCAAUAGGAGAUGGGAAGGUCAUCCCACCAUUAGAGCUCUUGAAGUGAGAAGAGUGCAGUCCUUGAGUAGUAAGGUCUCUUAACAUAUACUGAUGACGUUGCCAGGUUCUUAACCAUGAGCAGCUCCAAUGCAACUAUAAAUGCAUGCCUUACCUGAAGAAUUUAUAUUUUAGCAUAAGUUUGGCUCACGAGACUAUAUGCCU